AUGGCGGCCUGCGCCGCCGCUACGGUCGGCCACCUUCCUCCUCCUCCUGGUAGCCGGCUGGUCCCGUAUAACGAGGUCCGAGGCCCCAGGAGACGCCAUUUGUCGGGCCGCCGGCGCUGGCCGAGACAGCCUCCCGAGGCCGGGGUCCGGCGCUAUUGCCGACAGGCGGCGCCGCCACCGCCACCGCCCCCGCCACCUGCAGCGCCAGCCGCCUCCGCCCAUUCCCUGUCCGCUGCCCGCCGUCCGCCCCACCGGCAAACAGGCGCCGCCGCAGCAAACAAGAAAUCCAAGCGCCGGCGACACUCGGCCCACGUGGGGUGGCGCGUUUCUGACGCAGGGCGGCCGGUGGCCGGCGGCGCCAAAGCCGACGCGCAAACUGCAGCGGCGAGCCGGCGUUAUUAUGCGCGACUCGCGUGCCGCAUUCACUUGGAAAUGCAGCGCAGCCCGGCGUCAAAUGAAUCACGCCGCUGCCGCCGCAGCCAGGGCGACGCUGGCGUCUCGGCGACCGGGACGCCAACAAGUGUGUCUUCUGUCUGCCGCAGAGCUACUUGCCGCUCUCCGCCGUGA